CUUGGCGCCGCUGAGCACAUCAUUGACCUAUUGCAGAUGCGGGGAUAUAUCAUAUCAUAUCCAUGACACCUACCUAUAUACCGAAGAAAACGACAGCCCUCUCUCCCAACCAUCUAAAUCUUACAAUCCGAAAGAACCCAAAAUGGCCACAGCAACAGAACAGCUCAACAUAUCCAACCUCGCCAUCACCGACAGCACCGUAACAUUUGAACCCUUCCCCCUCCCACCCACCAACCAACGCAUCCUCGGCGCGCCCCAUCCCCCAAACACCGUAAUCCCUCUAGCCCUACGCGCAUCUGAAGAAAGCCAAAGAUCCCUAACCCUCGACUCCAUAACCCAAACCAUCCAAACCCUGCAAUCGCACAACCAAACCUUCACCAAACAGCUCGCCCGCCACGGAGCCCUCCUCUUCCGCGGCCUCCCCAUCCACAACGCCACCGACUUCAGCAAAUUCGCUCAUGCCUUCGGCUACAAGCCGCACGAAAUCAUUGGCAUCGUUGUCGACCGCCCAUGCCUCGCCCCAAAUGUGGCUCCCGCAAACGAAGCGCCCAAGGAAGUCCAGAUCUACAACCACAACGAGUCCCCGCAAGUUCCGCACGCGCCGGAGUACAUCUUCUUUUAUAACCAGCGGGCUCCAAAGAAGGGAGGCGAGACACCUAUCUCGUCCUCGUUGGAACUGUUCCGGCGUGCGCAGGUCGAGGUUCCCGAGUUCAUCGAUCAGCUUGCGGAGAAGGGGGUGUUGAGUCGGGUUGUUUAUCAUGUCGAGAAGCAGUAUGAGGGAGGGUCGACGUUGCGGCAGGCGUUUGGAAAGGAGAUUGAUGAUGGGGAUGAUGAGGAGACGAGGCGGAGGAAGAUUGAGUCGCAGAUUGCGCGGUAUGGUCGUGGGAAAUAUACGACAUGGGAAUGGGUUGAUGGUGGGAUAGUGGUUACGCACCGGUUACCGGUGAUUCGGACGCAGCCGGGGACGAAUCUGCCCUCGUUGUUUACGGGGCUGGCGGCGUAUUAUAAGCGGGUGCAGGCGAAUGAUGAGAGGAGAAAGGUCACGCAGCUGCUGUAUGGGGAUGGGACGCCCAUCCCGGAGAGGUAUUUGGCACAUUUGGCGAAGAUCACGGAUGAGAUUCGGGUAUUGCAUCGGUGGCAGGAGGGUGAUGUGUUGGUUUAUGACAAUAUUAUUGCCCAGCAUGGGAGGGAGCCUUGGGAAGGUGAGCAGGGGGAUCGGGUCGUUUUGGCGAGUUUGUUUGAUGGGCCGGAUGUGCCUGGUGCGUACGGAUUUGGGGAUUGGGCGCAGGUUGUCCAGGCGCUCGAUGGGUAAGAGGCACUUGAGGUCUAUGCCGCGAUUGAUCGACCAUGUUUCGUUUCUUUGGUCAGGUCUGUAACUAGCUGAUGGUUACUAUUUUACUAUUUUUCGAGUAAGUGUCUUCUAGCACGAGGGAAUUGAGGUUGAACGCUUAAAUUAGGUAUAUG